UAAUUGUGCCAUUACAUUUUAGGCGCUACUGCGAUUCGAUGGCGUUAACUUAUCAAGCCGACCGAAUGCCCGAAGCGAUUCGGCUGCGAGUCGGAGGCGUAACGCCCCAACAGUUGGCCGUGUACGAGGAGUUCGCGCACAACAUACCGGGGUUUCUGCCCCUAUCCGAUAGAGACACGGCGCCUUUCAUUCACAAACCGACGGUCAAUUUGGAGCCGCAAGGUCCGACCAAUGUGUUCCAGACAUCUCAGUCGAUCAUUCCGUCCGACGAAACGAGUACGGUGUACGAUAAGCUGCUAGGCGAAGUGGAGCAGUUCAUUCAGGCCACCGGCAAUCAGCCCAGCUUUAGCAUAAUGAAUAAUAACAUGCACAUACUGCGAGACUGUCUAAUGCACGCCAUGCGCAAUCGAGAUAUGAUUCUAUCGGCGAUGACUCUCACCCAAAAAUGUGUGGAGGGCUUACAAGAUGGUUUAAUGUCGGUAGCGAACGAUCCCGAUCAUGUCCUACACCGAUACAAGGAGAUUUACGUACGCGUGUUAAAGACAAUGCAAGAUCCUCGAGCUUUUGGCCAGCAAUGGACGAACAAGCAGGUUACCCGCUUCCUUACCGAAUGCCGCGACGAUCUGCGCUACAACUUGGACGCCGUCGAUACCCUCAUUCGCGCCGGCUUGGUCAAUCUGCCCCAGUACGACGUCGCGCUCACCCAACUGAUGGACAACGGCCUCAAUUACGUCGCCGUCAACUUCGCCACCCAGUUAAUUCCUUUAUUUCUCAUCGAGGAGCGUACGAACCAGAACGUUACCGAGAAUGAUCUGCCGAACACAAUCGAAAUGCUAGUCAAACUUGCCACGCACACCAGACAGCCGCCCGAGGGAUUGGCGAACGUCAUUGAAUUGCUACGGCAGCACCACGAUCAGACGACGUUUUUCGGGGAUCGUGCGCCCCACGGUCCUUCGAUACACAUUCACAAUGGCAUCUUACAGGUACGUUCUCUGAACUACGAGGAUCCGCCCGGUUUAAUGGAAAAGACCGACUUCCUCCUUCGCGACUGGAUAGGAAUCUAUCACUCUCAGCCUUCCGGUCGCGACUCGACGAAGGCGUUCAGUAUGUUCGUGCACCAGAUGAACGUGCACGGAAUAUUAAAAACCGACGACCUAAUAACGCGCUUCUUUCGACUCUCGACCCAGUUGUGCGUCGAGGCGGUUUACAGGAACGUAACCGAGGGAAGCGCGAGCAAUCAGACCGUGCUGAGAACGAAAUGCUAUCACACUUUGGAUCCGUUCGUUCGUCUGAUCGCGUUACUGGUGAAACACUCGGGGGACGCGAGCAAUGCGACUACGAAAAUUCAUUUGCUUAACAAGGUCUUGGGAAUCGUCGCCGGGUGCCUGCUGCAAGAUCACGAGCAGCGCGCCGGCGAUUUCCAGCAGCUGCCCUAUCACAGAAUCUUCAUAAUGCUCUUCUUGGAAUUGUGCUCGCCCGAGCCAGUUUUGGAGACGAUCAACUAUCAGGUCUUGACCGCUUACUGCCAUACUCUGCACAUUUUAAGGCCCUCGAAGGCGGCCGGCUUCUGCUACGCCUGGCUGGAACUGAUAUCGCAUCGGGUCUUCAUCGGUAGAAUGUUGGCGAUUACUCCGCAGCAAAAGGGGUGGAGCAUGUACGCUCAGCUUUUAAUCGACUUAUUCAAAUACCUCGCGCCGUUUUUGAGAAACGCAGAGUUGGCGAAACCGGUUACGAUGCUGUACAAGGGAACGCUCCGAGUCCUACUGGUGCUACUCCACGACUUUCCCGAAUUUUUAUGCGACUACCACUACGGAUUUUGCGACGUUAUUCCGCCGAACUGCAUACAGAUGCGAAACUUGAUUCUAUCCGCGUUCCCGCGCAACAUGCGGCUACCGGAUCCGUUCACGCCAAAUCUGAAGGUGGACGUUCUACAGGAAAUUACGUACUCGCCUCGGGUAAUCACAAAUUUCGCCACGCUAAUAACGCCGCUUCAGUUCAAGAAAGAUUUGGACUCGUACUUGAAGCAACGGGCACCGGUUACGUUCCUGUCGGAACUAAGAAGUAACUUGCAGGUCUCGAAUGAGCCGGGAAUGCGUUACAACAUUCCGUUAAUGAACGCGCUAGUCAUGUAUGUCGGCACUCAAGCGAUUGGCUACAUACGAAACAAAAGUUUGACACCAAACAUGUCGACGAUCGCUCACAGUGCACAUAUGGAUAUCUUCCAGAACUUAACCGUCGAUUUGGAUACGGAAGGAAGGUAUCUCUUCCUAAAUGCGGUCGCGAAUCAAUUACGCUACCCCAACAGUCACACCCAUUACUUUUCGUGCACGUUACUGUACUUAUUUGCCGAAGCCAACACCGAGGCUAUACAGGAACAGAUAACGAGAGUUUUGUUAGAGAGACUAAUCGUAAAUCGGCCCCAUCCCUGGGGACUGCUAAUUACGUUCAUCGAGUUAAUCAAAAAUCCGAGCUAUAAAUUCUGGAAUCACGAAUUUGUACAUUGCGCGCCCGAAAUCGAAAAGUUAUUCGAAUCUGUAGCUCGGUCCUGUAUGGUUCAAAAGACAACCGUUCAAGCACAAGAAGGUGAUGUUCAAGAGUGAUAUGUUUUAGUGAUUUGUAAAUAAUUCAGGAAAAGUUCUAUUGUUUUGUUUGCCUUUUACGGUACAAUUUUUGAAACUCUUUAGUUAUAGAGAUAAGGAUAGUGUAUAGAGGUAGUGAUAUUGUAAUAUAUUUGCAAAUCAAGUAUUUUUAAGAGAAUUUUCAUGUAUUUGUAAUUAUAUAAAUACGAUUGAUGUAAUUAAAUGGUUUAAAUGUUUUGAGCAUAUUA